UUUAAGGGAAUACUUGACAGGACACGCCUGUGCAUUUUUGUCUUUUCCUACAUGUUUAGUCCUGGAAAAGGUAUACGAAUGUUUAGCUUGAGGGUCCAACUUCUAGCUUUCAACGACGUUUUGUUCUUGAAAGUUUUAGAGGCAAACGCUUGGUGAUUAAGGAGGAGAAUGGAGGCGUUGUUUCACAGGAAACUGGAGAGGAUGUUGCAUUGUUUGGGACUGAGAUCAUCCAGAUCCCCCCGGAUUUAUGGCUUGACACACACGUUAAUAAAUCCUGCUUGCGAAAUGUGAUUGUGUAAAGUACUUUCAAAAGCCAAAGGUCAUCUGCUCCGUCUAUGGAAAAGGCCGAACAAGGCAGAUGUUAAGCCUCUCUUAUCGCCUUGAUGACGUGCAAGGUUUCCUCCUGCAAGCUUUUCAAGCAUGACAUCAGCCGUGCAGCAUGCAAAUAAUAGAGACGGCCAUUCUGCAGGUGACAAUGUUUCAUUUUUACACUUCACAGAGUUCAUUUUAAAGUCCCCAAACUGUGUUUAUAAAGCGACUCAUCACUCGGCAAAUAACACAUACCGCAUGACUUUGGAGCAGUGCUCUUGUCACGUCGGGGAUUUCGCAGCUUACUACGGGGUCGUUCUCGCAGGAAUGCAGACGGACUACUCCGGAUAAGGCGUACAGCACUCCCGAUCCAUAACUACAGCAUCACCAUGCCGACGCCCGCCAUAUCUGUAGCAACCGAGCAUCCUCAGAGGAGUGUGGCAGUUUAUGAUGUUUCUACGCAGGCCGGUUGCCACUGAGGCCACAGAGCGUUGAGGUGGGUGCAUGGAACAUGUUUUUUAUAACAGUGCAGGCCUGGGAUUGAUUUUGGUCUUCAUCCUGCAGAGAUGCUUCAUCAGUGGAGCAUCCUUGUCGUCACUCUGCUGAGGAUGGAGCUUGUGGGGGGCUGCCGGUGUCCACCUGCCACCAUCUUGUCUGCGCUCCCAUCAGAGGUGCCCGCCACCGUCUGUUGCCUAAACUUCUCCGGCUCCACUUUGGACCACGUGCAGUGGUCUUGGCUGACCAACCAGACCGGCCUGCAGAUUCUGGAUCUUUCCCACUGCAACAUCACCUCAGUGAAGCUGUCAGGGGUGGGGGCCUCCUUACUGGAAAAGGUUUACUUGGGCCACAACGGAAUAGCAGUUUUGCCACAGAACUUCCUGGCUGGACAGCCCCGCUUGGAGGAGGUAGAUCUCAGCUGGAAUAGACUUAAGAAGCUCCCAGAAGGUUUCCUUCAGGACUCGGACAACCUGAAGAGGUUGUUUCUGCAGGACAACCAGCUUCGCUUCCUUCCGGCCUCGGUGCUGCAGAGGCCCGCUCUGCAGAGCGUGGAGCUGGCCGGUAACCCUUGGGACUGCUCCUGCUCUUUCCUGGAUGUCCUGCAGGACAACAAGGACACAAGGACAGAGGGCUUGACGAGAAACUUGACAUGCGUCUCCCCCCUGGAAACUGUCAGGCCGGGCGGUGUGGUCCCGUGAACCUCAGCGACGUGUGCCGCCCGACCAGCCUCACUGCGCUCUUCAUUGCCCUCCCGCUCCUCAUUCUUUCCACCCUUGUGGUCUGCUGGUGCUGCGGGAGGAAGAGGAAAGAACCCCCACGUUGGGGCCUCAAAAAAAAGGACUAGCAGUUUCCAUGGCACUGGGGCGAAAGGUCACCGCAAGAUGCCGGCCCCUGAAGGUGUCGAGAAGAAGUCGAUUGACAGCGUUGGGCAUGACGUCCAGGUUCCCAAACUCCUGGGCAGUGCCGCCAACAUCGAUGAAGAGAAGGAGCUCCAGAAGGGUUCUGUGGAGUCUCUCCCGCCAGGCUUCUGCUCCUCAGAGGCAAAGCCGAGCAGGUCCGAGUUUGACUCGGUUAGUGUGACGGAGGUGCUGAAAGACUCGGCGGCCCGGGAGAAAGCUUACAUGACUCAGUCCACGGAAUAUUACAGCCUGGUACCAGGAAUACAGUUGGAUGACUCGGACCAUGGCGAGUAUGACAAGUGUGGACAUUAAGAUGUUUGUUUUGGAAACUUACUGCAAUGGAAAAUCCUGAGGUUGUGCACUGCAAAAAGUCAGUGUUCAAAAACAAGAAAAAGUAAACAUAAAAUGAGGGGUAUUUUAUUUGAAUUAGCUAAAUUAUCUGCCAAUAGAACAAGAAAAUGUGGCUCGUCAAGACUUUCCAAAACAAGUAAAAUUAGCUAACCUCAAUGAACCAAAAAUACCUUAAAAUAAGUAUAUCCUCACUAAUAACAAGUGCACUUUUCUUGGUAGAAAAAAAAAAAGAGACCUUUUUGCUCAAUAUGUUGAAAAAUAUUCCUAAAUUAAGUAAAUGCUAGUGCCAUUAUCUUGGCAUAAUGAUAUGUGCUCGGCAUUAUAUUACUUGAAACCAGCAAACUUAUACUAAAAACUAGUUUAUUGUUCUUAAUGGAAAGGCAACAAGGCAAGCGAUUGUUACUCUCGGGGUCUCCUAGCGCUCAGGCAAAUCAUAUGGUCUAAAAAUGCAUUUUUCUAUCGAUAACAUGACAUCAUCGCGCCAAGUGCGUGCUCUUUCAGUCAAUUAGUGCGCAUUUAUACAGCCUGGCCCCCGGCAAAAAAUGUUUAAUUGUAAUUUUGAAGAAUUUAUCUGAAUGUGCAUGAACUAUUUCUGUUCAAAAUAGUUUGAAAUGUCACAUGUUAAAUGUUUAAAUAUUAACUGUCAGUUUACUGUACUGUGGCCAACUGUACUACUAUAUGAGUACGUGUUUUCUAUUGUUUCAUUGAAAAUAAAAACGCAAAGUCCAUUUGGCUGUCAUCUGUUUUAAUUAUGAGACACAAUUGUGUCAAAGUCAUGAUUUUUUUUUUCAAGCUUGUAAUAAGAAAUAAUUACUUUAAAAAAGUAGUGUUAUACUUGUGAGUGUUGAUGACACAGCUUUGCAACAGUUGAUAUUCUAGUUUCAAGCAUGUUUUACUCAAUAUAGCUCAUCAAAUCUCAGCAACAAGCUGUAAUAUCUUACUGACAUCAUUUAGGACCAAAACUAGGGAUGUCCGAUAAUGGCUUUUUGCCGAUAUCCGAUAUGCCGAUAUUGUCCAACUCUUUAAUUACCGAUACCGAUAUCAACCGAUACCGAUAUCAACCGAUAUAUGUAGUCGUGGAAUUAACACAUUAUUAUGCCUAAUUUGGACAACCAGGUAUGGUGAAGAUAAGGUACUUUUUAAAAAAAUGAAUCAAAUAAAAUAAGAUAAAUUAAUUAAAAACAUUUUCUUGAAUAAAAAAGAAAGUAAAACAAUAUAAAAACAGUUACAUAGAAACUAGUAAUUAAUGAAAAUUUGUAAAAUUAACUGUUAAAGGUUAGUACUAUUAGUGGACCAGCAGCACGCACAAUCAUGUGUGCUUACGGACUGUAUCCCUUGCAGACUGUAUUGAUAUAUAUUGAUAUAUAAUGUAGGAACCAGAAUAUUAAUAACAGAAAGAAACAACCCUUUUGUGUGAAUGAGUGUAAAUGGGGGAGGGAGGUUUUUUGGGUUGGUGCACUAAUUGUAAGUGUAUCUUGUGUUUUUUAUGUGGAUUUAAUAAAUAAAAAAAUAAAAAAACCAUACUGAUAAUAAAAAAACCGAUACCGAUAAUUUCCGAUAUUACAUUUUAACGCAUUUCACUAACCAAAACCCUUAAAACAAGUAAAACACUCUAACAUAAAAUCUGCUAAGUGAGAAGAAUUAUCUUAUCAGACAGAAAAUAAGCAAAUAUCACCCUUAUUUGAGAUAUUUCAUCUUACUUAGAUUUCACUUUUUGCAGUGUGAAAAUAGGAUUUAAUGAAAUUUUUUUUGGCAUUUCAUUGCUGUUUGCCUUUAUAGUGUACGCUCAAAUAAAAUUGUGCAAAACAUUCAUACUUUGGCCUAUUUUCAAUACUUCUGAAGAUAUCAACAACUGUAUUUUUUUGAAAGUUACACUUUACUGGACAUGUAACACAUUGAACUGAGUGAAUUAGAAUGAUCAUGGCUGUUUUUUUCAGGAACGUUGCUAAACUCCGCCCCUCACUCACUCUCUUUGAUGCCGAGAGGCUCGUCCACGCCUUUGUCUCCUCCAGGGCUAGACUACUGCAACGCACUUCUUGUCGGGAUCCCCAGCAAGAACAUCCAGAAGCUGCAAUACAUACAGAAUAGUGAUGCUAGGAUCCUGAUGAGAGUGCGGCAAUAUCACCAUAUCACACCAACUCCUCCUGUUCCACUCAGGAUUGAAUUCAAAGUCUCCCUACUAACCCACCAGUGCCUCCAUGGAAAUGCCCCCCUCUACCUCAAAGAACUACUCACCCCCAAAUCCUCCACAUGACACCUCCGCUCCGGACAGGCUAACCUCCUCCACCUCAGAGGACAAAGCUACGAGCAAUGGGAGACCGGGCUUUCUGCUACGCUGCUCCCAGUCUGUGGAACGCUCUCCCUGCCACCUGAGGGCACCACAGACUGUGGAUGUUUUUAAAAAAGGCUUAAAAACCCUUCUUUUUUUUAGAUAUAUGCAUACUACUUUUAGCUAUUUGGCUGUUCUAGUUUUUAUUUAUAUUUAUUUUUUUAAAUUUUUUAUUAUCUUUUUAUUUUUAUUUUUUUAAUACACUGUAGCACUCUGAGGUCGUUUACUCAAUGUAAAGUGCUUUU